AUGACCAAGACGGCCUUUGCGCGUGAGAUUGGCGUCAGUCUCAGCUCUCUCAGCGGCUUCCUCGGCGCCAACGGCCCAACCGCCGGCUCGCGGUCUGCCGCGUACAGCGCCGCGUGGGAGUACUUCCGCAAGCGCGAGAUGUCCGGCAUGGAGAUGCCCGCCAAGAAGCAAAAGACUACCGACGCCCACGCCGAGAUGGAGGGGCCCACCAAGCCAGCAGCCGGCAAGAAAACCAAAGCGCCGGCCGGCCCCGUCGACGAAAUCACGGUCUACCUGAAGCGGCUGGGCAUGACGCAGGCGUUGUUAUGCCGGCAAAUCUACGCCGAGUGCAAGGGCCCCGAGCGCCCGGAACGGUGCUUCCAAGCCUCGCAGCUAGCCCAGUUCCGCAAGGCCAAGGGCCCACUGAAUGGCGCCAGAAAGCCUAUCUUUUAUGGUGCUUACGUCUUUUUUGAGAAGCUGCGCAUCAAGGAGGGCAAGCCCAAGAGCAAGCACCGCCAGGAUAUGGAACUCAUUUGGCAGGGUGAGGGGUUGCCUAGGGAAAGAGAUAUUGGCAGGCAAAAAGUCUGGGUCCCCGCCGCACGAAUUAGGCAGAUCACUUACCCGACGGGACUAGGAGCCCAGGACCGCUUGCGACUGCCUCGCUCCGGCUUGAAAUUCGUAGACAGCUGCUCUUACCAAGCGAACAAGGAUUUUCGAGCUGCUGGCCUUUUCCAACCGCUUAAUUGA